GACAGUCACAAGAAUACUUUUCGUAUCUGUAAAUAGAGUAUUGUUAAAAAGCCUUUUACGUUUUUGCAUUUUCUAUCGUGUUUAAAUUUCAACAAUUUUUUUACAAAAAUCUUAUUGAACAUAAGAAAAUAUUAUAUUACAUAUUAUCUUACAAAAUAUUUUUAAAAAAAUGUCUUCCAAAAGUACUUUGUUAUUCUGUUGUUUAAUUUCUAUAGGAAUAGCCCAAAACAAUUUAGAUAGAGCUAACAUUACAACGACAACUUCUCAAAAAGCUACUGAUAAUACAGAAGAAACAUCUCAAAAUGGAAUUGAAAAUUAUCUUACAUCCACAGAUCCUGCUUCUUCAACAAAUGCUAAUGGUUUGCAAAAUCAAAAUAUCAAUGACAGUAUAGCUUCGCCAGCUAAUUUGAGAAUUAUUUCAACUAAUAUUUGGGACGUGAAAAAAUUUAAUUAUUUAAUUAUUGAUGAAACUACAAACGUUCCUUGCAUUCUGACAACAAUGAAUAUCACACUCACAAUACCUUACAAAACGAAAGAAAAUAAGAUUGAUACAAAGAAACUGACAGUUCCAUUGAAGAAUGUAAACGUAAGUGGUACGUGCAAGGAAGAUAUAUCUGUUUUAACUUUAAUGUGGCAAGAGUCAGAGGAAUUGAGUUUAUCAACUUCUGAUGGAAUUAACGAAGUUACAAUGAAUAUCGUAAAAGUUGGCGACAUUCAUUACGUUCAAUACUUAAUAGUUUCCAUUGCAUUGGACGAUGUUAAUUUUCCAAACGCUGCAGACACAAUCAUUAAGGGUAACAGUACACAAAAUUUAAAGUUGUUCAAAACUUCUAAUCCGAAUAGUAUAUACGUAUGCAAUGAUACACAGGAAAUACAAACUGGCGAUAUUAUUGUUAUUGUGGAUAAUAUAAAGUUUAUUGCAUUUAAUACUGAUGCAAAUAACACUGUAAAUAAAAAAGAGGAAUUAUGUCCUGUUGAGAAAGAGCCGAAGAAGAAAACAAAAAAUAUUGGUAUAAUUGUGGGAGGCAUUCUUAUAGCUUUAGUGUGCAUAACUCUUAUUAUAUUCAUAAUUAAUAGAUAUUCUAAAAAAAUAUAUUCCUGGAAUAUAAGCAAGACUCACAGUGUUAUGAAAGGCUUAUGAAGUUAAAAUUAAAGGUUAUUAAUUAUUAUUGCAUGCAUGGUUAUGAACACUGCAACCAAGAAGGAAUAUUACUACUAAUAUUAAAUUCUAGUUCGUAAUGCAAAAUUACUAUAACCUGUAAAAUAUUUUUGUAAGAAAAGUUGGGUUUACCGAGAUACACUUCUUACUCGGGCAAAUAGUUCUCUGCGCCUCCUUCUUCGUACUUAUUUAAUGAAAUGUAUAUGUAUAUGUAUAUUAAUUAUAGUACAUAUCGACAUCCUCUUUGAUUAAAUGUUUAUUCUAACUUUAGUGCAAUGAAAUGUUAAUUCAGAAAGUUCUGCUAUAUGAUUUUAUUACAAAAUUUUGUGUAACACAAUUAUUGUUAAUUAACUCUUCGUGCAAAAUAUAAUUUAAUUUCCUGGAAAUUAUACCAAAAAUUCCCGGAAGUUACUCUUGAAUGACUCCUGUAAUAUUCCACGAGAUUUUUAAGAUAUAUUAUUUUAUGAAUUGUGUAAAUAAAAUCCACGUGGAAUAUCCCCUUAGUAUUACAGGAUCAUCCCCUCAAUAUUACAGAGAUAACAUAUCACAGGAUUAUCCCCUAAUAUCACUGAGUUAUAGAUAUCACCUGAAUGUCACAUUCAUGAACACUAAAUAUCACCGCGUGAUAUCACCAUGCGGCGAACAUUUGGACAUUCAUUCAAUAUCGCAGUAAUAUUCCUAAUAGAUAUUACUGUUACAUUCAGGUAACACACCGCGUGCUAUAUGAGACUUGUUAAAAUUAUCAUUUUUCAAAAUUUGACAGUUUUUUUAAACAACUGGCAGAUGUCAAAAGUUAUUUUUUAUAUCAAACUCUAGUUUGACACAUCAAAACCCGUAAGAAUGCAUUGACACAAGUGAAAUUGUUGAGAAAUGGAAAAGUUAUAACAUGCACUUAACCCAUGUUAUCAAAUGGGCUGUUCUUGUGCAAACUUCGGAGUAUUUACUCGCAAAGUUUAAUGACAAUGGGGUAAAUAUUUAAAUGUCCCAAUGUUUGGCGUGAAACUCCCCUAUUUUAAGAGAGACUUUUUAUCAUAAUAUAUAAAAAUUUAGUGUGAAUUAAUAAAAUGUAUCCACUUAAAUGCGUUUAGAAAACUGCUAAUUCAUUAACCCUACUUUUUGACAGCACGAUAUAAAGCAUCACUUAGUGAUGCUAUAUGUUUAGGAAAUUUUUACGCUAAACAUUUUUUAUUUAUUGAAGUAGGACAUUUAAAUCUUUACACAAUUUUUACUGAAAUUUGCAAGUAAAUACUCAGAAGUUUGCAAGAAAAUCAUUAAUAAAUUUUUAUGAUAGUUGCGGUGC